ACAUGACGUCAUUCAUUAUGGAGAACCGCGGAAGAGAUUGCUCGUAGAGUUGUCACGUCGAUUGCCUUGUAAAUGGAAAUGGCGACUUUUCCGACCACGUCAUUAACGUCCGGCUCCUUAAGAAUAUUAUUGUAUGUCUUUAUUUUAGAGAUAUCGCUAAUUCAGCCAUUAAACGCAGUGUCAGAGCCGGGGAAAUGGAUCCUGAAGGUGGACAGUGACAUGAUUUCGACUAAGAAGGAAAACUAUUUCCUUUUCUCGAAGACGAUGUUCAACAACACUAUCAUUGAACUGAAAUGGACCUCUCGCUGUCCAGAUGCCAACAUCUCUCUCUCUGUGUCCUGGGUGCUGCGCAGCUCACGCUGUUACGAUGAGAUCUUCACUAGCGAUCUCUUGACAUACUACAGGUCUAAUCACGUGGAGCCGGGUGGGGGUACAGGUUCAUUCAUCAAGCAUCAAUACAAGAACGUCCCGUGCGCAUCACACUCCAACGCCAUGGCGUUUGCGGUGGAGAAUUUUGAUAGUCCAACAAGGCUACAAGAUUUGGUGCCAACGGGUACAGAUCCCAGUGGGGGAAGACGCAGGAGAGACACAGACAAAGCAGAGCCUGCGAAGAGCACGCAGAAGACGGCGGCAAAGGCUGAACCAGACGCAGCAAACAAGGAUGCAGUAAAGGUACCUAAACCACCUGAGAAGGCUGCACCAGCGGAGAAGGCUGCACCACCAGCAGAGAAGGCUGCACCACCAGCAGAGAAGGCUGCACCACCAGCAGAGAAGGCUGCACCUCCUGAGAGGCACACAUCAGCAGACCUCAACAAGCCCCACUACGCGGUGGCGCGCACCUGGGAGGACGCCCCCUACAUGUUCAUCCUGGCCAUCAGCGAGAACACUGGAGACGCCAAGUGGAGCGCUGACUUUGAGAUCAGCAUGCGUGGACCCCAUGAGUAUAUCUCGGCCACAGAGUGGCCUCUGAUGAUUUUCUAUAUGGUGAUGUGCAUUAUCUACGUGGUGCUGGGGGUGCUGUGGCUGGGGCUGUCGGCCUGCUACUGGAGGGACCUGCUGCGCAUCCAGUUCUGGAUCGGAGGGGUCAUCUUCCUGGGCAUGCUGGAGAAGGCUGUCUUCUACGCCGAGUUCCAGAGCAUCCGCUACGACGGCCUGUCAGUGCAGGGAGCUGUGCUGUUUGCGGAGGUGCUUUCUGCUGUGAAGAGAACGUUGGCUAGGGUCCUCGUCAUCAUCGCCAGUCUGGGCUAUGGCAUUGUCAAGCCUCGGCUGGGUGCGCUGCUGCACCGGGUGGUUGGGGUGGGGAUGCUCUACCUCAUCUUCUCCGUGGUGGAGGGAGUGCUGCGGGUCAACUCGGAGCAGGGCGAGUCCAGCCGUCUCCUGUGUGACAUAGUGCUGGCCGUCACUGACUCCUGCAUAGUGUGGUGGAUCUUCAUCAGCCUGGCCCAGACCAUGAAGCUGCUGCGCCUGCGGAGGAACAAGGUGAAGCUCUCUCUGUACCAGCACUUCACCAACACCCUCAUCUUCGCCGUCAUCGCCUCCGUGAUCUUUAUCGUAUGGACGACCAACACCUUCAAGUUCUCCAAAUGCCAGUCGGACUGGCGGGAGCUGUGGAUAGACGAUGCCUUCUGGCGUUUCCUCUUCUCCACCAUCCUGCUGGUCAUCAUGUUCCUGUGGAGGCCGUCCGCCAACAACCAGAGGUACGCGUUCAGCCCUUUGGUGGACGAGGAGAGUGACGAGGAAGAGAAGGAGCAGCUGGUCAACGAAGCCUUUGAGGGGGUAAAAAUGAGAGGAAUGAAAGCAGAGACAAAUGGAACUGCCAAGCCCAAUAAAGUGGACGAGGACCUGAAGUGGGUGGAGGAGAACAUCCCAUCAUCCAUUGCUGACGUGGCUUUGCCCCCCUUGCUGGAUUCCGAUGAGGAGACCAUGGCAACAAAAUUUGAGAUGUCGAAAAUGGAGUAGGGUGCAGGCAAACCUGUACGUAUUGUAAAUACUGAUAUGUGUGUGUGUGUGUGUGUGUGUGUGUGUGUGCGCGCACACGUCCACGUGGGAGAGAGUGUGUGUGUGUGUGCAAAUGUGUGUGCCCUUGUGGGAGAUGGAGAAUAUUUGUAUGUGCACGCAUGUCUGUGCGUGUGUGUGUGUGUAUAUGUGUGUGUGUGUGUGUGUGUGCGCGCGCGCACAUGUAUGUAUGUGUGUGUGUGUAUGUAUGGUUGUUUAUUUUACGCCCAGAUUACAAGCUUCAUAAGCACUCUAUGUAAAUACAGCUGAAUGAAAGCAAUGUGAAUUACCAAUGAGAGAAACUUUUGGUUUUCUUUUUAUUGCUUGAGUGUAUUUAUUUUUUCACAGACACGAUUCUGUUCUUUUAAUAAUUUUGUUACUGACUGUAUUAUGCCUUUGACUGUUGUUUACAUAUCUGGAGUCAAUAAAACAUCACAUUUGGCUGUAACAGAUGUGACAAAGAAACCGA